AUGGCCCUUCCCAAAUCACGCUUUGUGGUUGUUGGUAUUCUAGAAGCCCUUGGAGUUGUUGCUGGGAUGUCAUCUGGAGCUAUGCUUCCUGGACCAGCUAUACCCAUAUUGAAUCAGACGUUCUUGGUGUGGCAGUUGGCUUUUUCUACCCUUCUGCUAGGAAGAAUGUACUCACUAAACCAAAUAGUUGGAUGCUCACUCGUUGCUGUUGGAGUGGUUGUGGCAGUUGCAAGUGGAUCAGACACUGGUCAAAUGCUAUCUGGAAUUGCAUUUGUGUGGCCAAUUUUGACAAUAGCUUCAGGUGCUUUUCUAGCCGGUGCAUCUAUUCUCAAGGAAUCUGUAUUUAUUGAUGCUGCAACCCGCCUGAAGAGGUCAACAAUCUAUCCAGGGAAAAUCGCUCGACAUAUUUGUUGUCAAUUCUUUUGGAUCUGGAUUCAGGCUCUUUUUGUACUUCUAUUUCUACCUUUCCUGUCAAACAUGAAAGGUAUACCAUUUUCCCAGCUCCCUUCGUACCUUAUCAGUGGUGCUGGUUGCUUUUUCAAUACUGGAAUCAAUACACCAGAUUGCAAUGGAGCGCCACUCUUACCCCUACUUUACAUGGUUACCAACAUUGCUUUCAACAGAUCGAAACUCCAUCUAUUAAAGAUAUCCUCUGCAGUUAUUUCUUCCCUUGCUGUGACUGCAUCAGUGCCACUCGCAAUUUAUAUUCUUUCCCUUCCAUUGCCAUAUCUCCCUGAAGGAACAAGCUUGAGCCCAUUUUUCCUUUUUGGCAGUAUGAUUCUCGUGGUGGGUCUCAUUUUUUACAACUUACCGCGACCUCUGAAGGACUCUUGA